AUGAAAAAGAUGGUGAUGAUGAACUUCAGCGAGCUGCCUGAGGAUUGUGUCUCUACCAUUCUAUCUCUCUGCUCACCACAGGACGUUUGCCGGUCCGCGGCCGCGUGCUCGGAGCUACGAUCGGCCGCGGAGUUGGACUGCGUAUGGGAGAGCUUCCUUCCAGUUGACUACCAUGAGAUUAUAUCAAGAGCUGAUCCAUCAUUGCUUAAGUUUCGUACAAAGAAAGAAUUGUUCUUCCUUUUUUGCAACUCUGUUCUCAUAGAUGGUGGAAAUAAGAUUUUUAAUUUAGACAGGUUUAGCGGACUCAAAUCCUACGUUUUAUCAGCACGAGAUUUAUCAAUUGCAUGGGCCAACGCCCCACUAUAUUGGUCCUGGAAAAACUCCCCAGAUUCAAGGUUUAAGGAAAACGUGGAGCUGAGAACCACAUCAUGGCUAGAAAUCCAUGGGUAUCUAAAAAUGAAAAUGUUAUCACCAAGAACAACUUAUGGUGCCUAUCUAAUUUUCAAGGUGUCUGAACGUGCAUAUGGGUUGGAUAUUAUGCCUAUGGAAGUAUCAGUCAAAGUGGAUAAUGAUCUAGUGUGUCACAAUACUAUGUACCUGCGCCAAGAUUUUGGAAAUAAACAUCACAUCCAAUGGUUGUUAUACUAUAAUCGCACAGAAAUCUUGACAUCAAGGGUAAAUCAAGGGUUAGAUAAUAGCAUUCUCAUACACCCGGGUGUACGUGAUGAUGGAUGGACGGAAAUCGAGUUAGGGCAAUUUUUUUGUGGUGGGUCUUGUAGUGAUCAUAAUAAGGUUGUGAAGAUGAGUCUAAUGGAGAUUAAAGGGCAUCAUUUGAAGGGUGGUCUUAUUGUUGAAGGAAUUGAAAUAAGACCUCUACAUUAGUUUGAUUAUGAAGUUAAUUUAAUUAAUUGCUAGUGUAGAAGAAACAAAUUGGUAAUUUGUAAUUGUUUGUCGUAAAUUAUAAUUACAACGAGUUAAAUGCAUUCUUUUAUCUGUAUGU